AACAACCACACCGCACUCCAUAAGCUCAGCUCUCUAAAAUCAAGUAGAACACCUCAAAGCAGCCUUCGACCAGCUAUGGACAUCACUAUCCUCGGAGCAGGCGUGCUGGGCCUGUCUAGUGCCCUGCAGCUGGCCGAUAAAGGCCACAAGAUCACCAUCUUUGCUCACAAGUUCCCCCAAAGCUUCUCAAUCGACUACACCUCCGAUUGGGCUGGUGCCAACUGGAGAUCUGUCUGCAGCAAUGAUGACUUGGCAAUGCAAAGAUUCGAGGGCGACACGCUCAAACACUUCCUUGAGAUGGCAAAGACACACCCGCAACUCGUUCGCAAGUGCAUGUCUUACGACAUCUUUGAUCCACGAGAGCCCGACGACAACGAUGCGCGCAUGAUUCGUAAAGCUGAUGUCGGCAACGGUGAGCUGCCCUGGUUUGCUACAUUGUGCAACAAUUUCAAAGUCCUCAAGCCUCUCGAGGAUGGACAGGCAGUGCCUACAGACGAGCGCGAGAUCUUGCCCGAGGGAGCUGCCUUUGGUAUUGCCUUUGAGACAGUAACACUCAAUGCUCCUGCCUAUGUGCAGUACUUGCUAGGUGAGCUGCGUCAGCGCGACAAUGUCAAUAUUGUGGAAGGCAAAGUCGACGCCCUCGCAGAUCUGCCAGGUAAAGUCAUUAUCAAUUGCUCUGGGCUUGGGGCCAAGUACCUGACUGAUGUCCAAGAUGCAAAUGUCUAUCCCACGCGUGGUCAAACAGUACUCGUCAAGAACACAACAAAUCUUGUCGACACUUGGUCGCGAGUCGGAGAGAAGACCUUGUCGUACCUCAUUCCCCGACCAGGCACGCGAUUGGUCGAUGGUCACGAAGAGGACGCAGGACUUAUCGUCGGUGGCUGCCAACAACCAAAUUGUUACAAUGCAGAGGUGGAUGAGGAACUUGCAGAGACGAUGCUCGAGUGGGCGAGGACACUCUAUCCGGUCAUCUUCCCAGCAGAUCACAAGUUUGAAAUCAUCCGCCACAAUGUCGGCUUGAGACCUUCGCGCAAGGGUGGCGUUCGCGUAGAGGCUGACCAACUCAAGGAUGGUAGACCUGUUGUGCAUGCAUACGGUAUUGGUGGUUGGGGUUUCCAAUCUUCCUGGGGUAUUGCUAUGCGAGUCGCAGAACUCGUUGCACUAUUAUAGGGCUAUCAAUAUGUGAUUGAUUAUUAAG